GGCCAUUCAGAUUAACUGAUACACAAAUAUCAAUUUCAUAUUGCCAUUGGCAAACAUCCAAUUCAUCGCUUGCGGUUGCUGCGCCAGUAUCAGCCGACCAGCUGUCCAAUAGCAAGCUACUUCUCAAUACGGUCAACCAACACUCUAUGUACAACAUACAAAUAUAACCCCGGCCAUUUUCAAUUGUACCAUAGAGAAGGAAGACGAGGAUUUCCUUCAUUCUUCGGUCUUCCUGUCAAUCCGUCGCCACUCUUCGUCUUCGAACACUCAUCACCAUGGCUCCGCCGCGCGCUAAGAGAAGACGCGUGGGAGCUUCGUCGAAGACGACGUCUGGUCUCGAUGAGAGGAUCUAUCCUAAAGAUCCGCUUGUUCCUAUUAGUGAUGAGGUCAAGGAUCGAUGGAAUGGGUUUUGUGAAAUAGAAUCUGAGCCGGCUCUAUUCAGUGUCAUGCUCCGCGAGUUCGGAGUGUCAGGCAUCAAAGUGCAAGAAGUCAUCUCACUCGACGAAGAAAUCAUAGCGUCUCUACACAAACCUGUUUACGGAUUGAUUUUUCUAUUCCGCUGGCGAGAAGAGGAAGCAGAUAAGCAAGAAGCAAGCUGUCCAGAUGGUCUCUGGUUCGCGAAUCAAACCACACACAAUGCCUGUGCCAGUGUUGCUCUGCUAAACAUCGUCAAUAACAUAGAUUCUCUCGAUCUGGGAGAGAAGUUGCAGAGAUUCAAAGAUUUUACGAUGGAUUUCACCCCAGCACUGCGAGGUGAUGCCAUAAAUAACUUUGAGUUCGUUAAGAGGAUACAUAAUUCUUUCGCACGGAAGAUGGAUAUGCUCAACUCUGACCUACAACUUAAAAAUGAAUCGACUUUCAAAAGAUCGAGAGGGUCAAAGAAGGGUAAUGCCUCUGCAGACUUCGAGGCUGGGUUCCACUUCAUUGCCUUUGUACCGGCUAUGGGGAAGGUGUGGAAACUCGACGGACUAGAACGGCAGCCGCAGGCAUUGGGGCUAUGCUCCGAAGAGGACUGGAUGGACCUAGUAAAGCCGAUGAUCCUCUCCAGGAUGUUAGAGUAUGAGGAGGACCAAAUCGAGUUCUCUAUUCUCGGUGUCGUUCGGGAUCCUCUGGUCGACUACAUAGCUCAGUUAGCACAGAACGUGAAAGCCCUUCAGAGGAUAGACACGAAGCUGGCCGAGCGCGGUUCAGAGCCAGGAUCCCAUGAUAGCCAACCGAACGUUAUCCUUGGACCUGACGCGUCUCUCCGCCUCACGGAAGCCGACAUAGACAAUGCCACAAUACCCGCUGCGGAAGCUGAGGAGUAUGAAUUGGCCUCGGCAGAAAACCUCCUCCUCCAUCGACAAACACUCGUCUCCCUGCAACAGAGCAUAAGACAGUCUAUCAACGGGGAACUACAGUCUCACCAAGAGGAAGAUGACUAUGCCAGUGGGAGGAGGCACGAUUACGGUCCUGCGGUUCGUGCGUGGAUUAAGAAACUGGCACACAGGCAAAUAAUCCAGGAAUUGGUCAAGAAGUCGCACUAGAUAGCCGUGAGAGUAUAACAGGGGAAAGUUACCGAGUCGCUAAUGAAAGGUCAUGCGUGAUACGAAGCUAGCAGGCUUAUAUUGGUCACAUUGAAAUAUGCAGCGCUCUCACAGAUAGAAGACAAUAUGACUCCCCUGAAAUUGAAUAAUAGUCUACAGAAGAGGUAGUCCCUGGUGAUGAAAACCGAACCGGCACCGAGAGACGGCAGAUGUAUGUCCAAACACUUAGACGCCAAGCAGCAUCCUGCGAGGAUCUUCAAUGUAUUCCUUGAUCUGAAUAGAAGGUUAGUGGGACGGAUUCUGCGACCCAGGAAUAAAAAACGAACCUUA